AUGUCCGCAUUCAAUGCUGAAACUGCUGAUAAUUUGGAAGAUAUCGAAAAGCAAUUUGCUGUUGUUGCUGUUGAGCAAGCGGAGACCUAUUGGAGUUUGAUCAAUAAGAUUCCAGGGUCGAAAUUACGUUUAACGCAAUAUGACGAUGAAAUUUAUGAGGCUUUUAAGAGCCAUUUUCCAGAAUAUACAGAUUUAGAUAGAUUGACCAAGUUUGAUGAGGCCGAACUCAAAACGAAAGAAGCCAAGGAGAGAUGGCGGAAGUUUAUUGCAUUAUUUGAGAAGAAAAUCGAUGACUUCAACUUUGGUACGUUGUUGAGAACUGAUAGUACUAAGGAGUACGGUCAGUUUACUACUUGUUUUGCCGUUAGAAUCCAAUUUUACGCAUUUGAGAUUGCCAGAAACAAGAAUGGUUUGAACGAUUGGGCUGUGGGUUGUAAAUAG